GUGUGCCUGUCUGUUUGGCUCACGGUCACAGUCGUCACAUUCACAGCAGUUGCUGAUGAGUUCACCUAAUUCCCAUGAUCAUCAGGAACAAGAUCAAGAAGAAGAGAUUAAUCCACCGACACCAACAACAGCAUUCCAUACGCGUCAGUUGCUAGUCAGUUGCGCAGAUCUCAUUUCUCAAUCUGACUUCUCCGCCGCUCAACGCCUUCUCUCCCAUCUUUUGUCCACCUACAACUCUUCUCCUAAUGGUGACUCCACUGAGAGGUUGGUUCAUCAAUUUGUUCGAGCCCUCUCUCUCCGCCUUAAUCGCCAUGCCAAUCCCGCUAGGAGUACUACUACUGCUCCUCUUGUUUCCAAUAUGAACAGCAUAGCUCCUCCUCCUCCUCCUCCUUCUCCUUGUACUACUACUAAUACUAAUAAUAACAAGAGGAUGGUGAUCAGCUAUGAGUCGAUGGAUCAGGACACUCUUCAGUCUUGCUAUUUGUCUUUGAAUCAGAUCACCCCAUUCAUAAGAUUCAGCCAUCUAACUGCCAAUCAGGCUAUCUUGGAAGCCAUACAAGUAGGGCAGCAAGCCAUUCACAUCAUAGAUUUUGAUAUUAUGCAUGGGGUGCAAUGGCCUCCAUUGAUGCAAGCUUUGGCCGACCGAUCUAACAACACUCUUCAUCCUCCUCCUAUGCUUCGGAUCACAGGGACUGGUCAUGAUUUGAGCAUCCUCCACAGGACUGAGGAUCGCCUUUUGAAAUUUGCCCACUCCUUGGGCCUCAGGUUCCAAUUCCAUCCUCUUCUUCUUCUCAACAAUGACCCUGCCUCUCUUGCCCUCUAUCUCCCCUCAGCAAUUACUCUUCUCCCAGAUGAAGCCCUAGCGGUGAACUGCGUGUUGUGUCUUCACCGCUUCCUUAUGGAUGAUUCUCGUGAACUGCUCCUUUUACUCCAUAAAAUCAAGGCCUUGAACCCCAAUGUGGUGACGGUUGCUGAAAGGGAAGCCAACCACAACCACCUUCUCUUCUUGCAGAGGUUCCUGGAGGCCCUGGAUCACUAUACAGCUCUCUUCGACUCCCUAGAGGCAACCCUACCACCAAACAGCAAGGAGAGACUUGCAGUUGAGCAGAUAUGGUUUGGGAGAGAGAUAAUGGACAUCGUAGCAGCAGAGGGAGAGCGAAGAAGAGAAAGGCACCUGAGGUUCGAGACAUGGGAAAUGAUGCUAAAGAGUUCAGGGUUUAGCAACGUUCCAUUGAGUCCCUUUGCACUUUCACAGGCCAAACUGUUACUAAGGCUCCAUUAUCCUUCUAAGGGCUAUCAGCUUCAGAUUGUCAACAAUUCUUUCUUCUUGGGUUGGCAAAAUCAUUCUCUCUUCUCUGUCUCUUCAUGGCACUAGCUAGCUACCUGAAUUGAUUGCCCUUCUUCUAAUUAAUUUUUAAAUGUAAGAGCUAGCUAGCCAACUAACUUAACACCUCAACCGCUCCAUCCCACUAAAGAAUAUAAUUAAUGAACGUUAGUAGUUAGUUCCUUCCUCUGCUACCUUCUUGCCAUUACAUGACC